CCCAUCACUUCGAACCCUAAAAAAAAAAAAAAGGAAAAAAAAAAAGAAGAAGAAAGUAUCAAAGUUUUCUCGGGAAACAAACACACCGAUUUCCCAUUCUAGAAAAAGAAACAAAAAAAUGCAGCACCAGAGGCUUAAACAGCAGCAGCAAGCUCUGAUGCAACAAGCUCUUCUUCAACAACAGUCUCUCUAUCAUCCAGCUGGUCUUCUCGCUCCUCCUCAGAUUGAGCCAAUUCCCAGUGGAAAUCUGCCUCCUGGUUUUGAUCCAAGCACUUGCCGCAGUGUGUAUGUUGGAAAUAUCCAUACACAGGUGACUGAACCUCUUCUUCAAGAAGUUUUUUCAAGUACUGGUCUUGUUGAGGGCUGUAAACUUAUUAGAAAGGAAAAGUCGUCCUAUGGAUUUAUUCACUACUAUGAUCGUAGAUCAGCUGCUCUUGCUAUAUUAUCUCUUAAUGGAAGGCAUCUAUUUGGGCAGCCAAUCAAAGUUAAUUGGGCAUAUGCUAGUGGUCAGCGAGAAGAUACAUCAGGUCACUUCAACAUUUUUGUUGGAGAUCUUAGUCCUGAGGUUACUGAUGCAACACUGUUUGCCUGCUUUUCAGUUUAUCCCAGUUGUUCAGAUGCAAGGGUUAUGUGGGAUCAGAAGACUGGGCGUUCAAGAGGUUUUGGAUUUGUUUCUUUCAGAAAUCAACAGGAUGCCCAAAGUGCAAUAAAUGACUUAACAGGUAAGUGGCUUGGGAGCAGACAGAUUCGUUGUAAUUGGGCCACAAAAGGCGCUGGUUCCAAUGAUGACAAACAAAGCUCUGAUUCAAAAAGUGUGGUGGAACUAACAAAUGGCACAUCAGAAGAGGGCAAAGACACGGCCACUAAUGAGGCUCCUGAAAACAAUCCUCAGUAUACAACUGUUUAUGUGGGAAAUCUUGCUCCAGAGGUUACGCAGCUUGAUCUCCAUCGCCACUUCCAUGCUCUUGGUGCUGGAGUUAUUGAGGAGGUCCGGGUUCAGCGGGAUAAAGGAUUUGGUUUCGUGAGAUACAGUACUCAUGCUGAGGCUGCUCUAGCAAUUCAGAUGGGAAAUACCCAGUCAAUUCUUUGUGGCAAACAAAUAAAGUGCUCUUGGGGUAGCAAGCCCACUCCACCAGGGACGAGUUCAAAUCCGCUUCCACCGCCUGCAGCUGCACCUUUGCCAGGCCUCUCUGCUACUGACCUUCUGACAUAUGAGCGGCAACUAGCAAUGGGCAAGAUGGGUGGUGUCCAUGCUUUGAUGCACCCUCAGGGGCAGCAUGCUCUUAAACAAGCAGCAAUGGGUAUGGGUGCUGCUGGAGCAAGCCAGGCAAUAUAUGAUGGUGGGUUCCAGAGUGUAGCUGCUGCCCAGCAACUCAUGUACUACCAGUAACGACACAAGUUAACGCAAUACCUUCUUUUCCUGCCUUUGCAGGUUAUAUUCAAGUUUUAAACCAUUAGGAACUCUCUUCUGUUUCUCUAUAUCAUGCGGUGAGGUUGUCAUCCGCAUAUUUAUAUCAUAUGGUUGCCAUUUGUAUGGAUGUAUACAUGAUAUGUAUGCUGUUUUUUUCCCCUGUUUUCUAUCAUGUAGGGAUGAGUGGUAUCAAGUAGGACGAGUGAUUGUGGUGAGGGAAUGGGAUUUCUAGCAAGAACACGAGUUUGCUUUAAUAGCUUUGACUAUUUUGAUAUUUCUCUGUUGUACGCGAAUUUUAUUAAGAGUUGUUUCCCAUUAUGUGGUUGUGGGUCCCAAA